AUGCCUCAGUCAGUUGUUUUUGACAAUGGACCACAGUUUGAAACGCCCAAGCUCCGUCAGUGGUUGGCUGAUCAAGGAAUUAGGGCCCACUUCGCUGCAGGUGCCCAUCCCCAGGCCAAUGGGCAGGUUGAGGCUUUCAACAAAAUCUUGUCGGCAGGAAUUAAAAAGAAGCUGGAUAAUGCAAGAGGAUUGUGGGUAGAAGAGUUACAGUUGGUUUUAUGGUCAAUUAGAACAACGGCCAAGAACUCAAUUGGAGAAACUCCAUUUAUGCUCGUCUAUGGCGCUGAGGCUGUCCUCCCUAUUAAAGUCGAAAAGCUGACUAUGCGAGUCAUGUUGUAUUCAGAGGAUGCCAACUGGGCGGCUCUCAGGACAGCGUUGGAUCAAGUUCCUGAAGUCAGGGGCAAUGCACUACUAAGAAUGAAACUCUAUAAAUUAAGAAUGGCUAGAGAGUUUAACAAAAGAGUUGCUAGGCGACCAUUGAAGGAAGGAGACCUCAUCCUGAGGAAAUGGAAGCAGUUGGCUGGGCCAAGGAGCUGGGUAAGCUCACUCUAA